AUGUCUUCAUUAGCACAAGGUGAGUUCAGACUUACGCUGCGAUAGUGAAACGCAUAGAGGAUGCGCUGAUGUAUUUGAACAUUGCCGACGACCUUUGUUCAGGCGAGAAGGUUAGCGGUCUUGGGACCGCGGGCGGAGGGUCCGAAGGCACCCGCUCUGACAACCCGGUGAGUCCACGAUCUGAGUUCAGCGGGUUCUUGGGGGAUCGCGCUAAUGAUUCUUUGUCGCUGCAUCGACCGCAGUCCCAAGCUGGCCGAGGGGUUGGCGCUGCAGCGUCCAGAAGACCCGAGCAGGAGACAACAGCAGCUGAGCUAGGCAAAACCCUUCCGAGCGAAUUCAGUCUCGCCAACACCAAAGCCGACGCCAAGGGUCACGAGCAUACGAUGCCCAACCCCGAAGCCAACGACCCGGAGCUCAACACUGCUGGCAGAGGCGGCGAUGAGGUUCAAAUUCCGGUACACUCUCACGAUAUCGACUUGCCUGCCCAUGCUCCUCAUGCCCACCCCAUGGCCAAUGAGACUAGAGCAAAUGUGCAAUCAGGCAUCUCUGGAAGCUCCAAAUUUGGGGACAAGUAG